AUGCUAAUGAUGAAAAUAUGUAUAAUGCCAAUUUUAAUCUAUUAUUUCAACAAUGUAUCUUUAGGAUUACUACAAGCAAAUUUAUUAACUAAACAUAAGGAAUUACUAAAAAAAAUUAAUAAAAUGUUUAAUGGCAAGCAUGGUGAUGAAGUUCUUUUAAAUGUCAAUGAAUAUGAAUAUCCGAAAACUAACAAGACUUUAAGACAACUACACAAACAACAAUGGCUAGAUUAUUACAAGUGUCUGAAAGAAAUAUACGCAGAUAUAAAGCAAGACAGAAUUAUUUAUCCGAGUGCGCUCAUAGCGCUCGAGGGAACAUCCGUAACUUUAGAAUGUCAAAUCUGCAUCUCGCCACUGGAAAUGUAUAUGACUUCUCUAAUAGAAUGGUACUUUAACAGCAGCAGCAGCAGCAACAAUAAAAGCAGUAAAGUUAAAGAUGUGCUAUAUAAUGGGAAUCGCAUUGUCAAUUCACCAGAUAACCGAUACAUCAUGUACAAUGUUAAGUUAGAGCAAGCUGGAGCUUAUUGGUGUGAAAUAGGACAUACUAUAGGAUCAAUUUAUUAUUUACAUGUCGAUAGUAAUAUGGAAACGGUUAAUGUAUAUCCGGAUAGAGCGCCUUAUACAUUGCAAGCAACAUUGAAAAAUGUGUCAGAAUACAAGUUGAAAGUUUAUACCACUUGGACAACGUGGAGUUCUUGUUCCACAUGCGAUACAGUUGGGAUAAAGUUGCGAUACGGUUAUUGCACCGUUUCCCUUUUCGAAAUGUCAGAUAACAAAUCUUUUAUUAACAAACGUGCAUCGAUAAUGAAUAAAUUACAACAUAUGAAACGAGAUAUAAAGAAAGAACAAGUGCGACUAAUUCCCGUUAUCAAAAAUAAAAAAAUUGAAAUUGUGAGACAAUAUUGCAAGAAAAAAUGUCGAAAAGAUAUUAUAUUUGAAGUGCGCGAUAAAAAGGGUAAUAUUCUGGAAAGUGCAAACAAUAGUGCAGGUAUAUUUUCUAUGAUUCAAGAAAUGCCUAAGCCAUUACCAUCAAUUGCGCGUAGUGUUAUUUAUGAAAAACAUAAUAAAAAAAUCGAACUUGUCUGUCCAGGAAAUUUGAAUGCAGAUGUUCCGAUUGUUUGGCGGAUCGAUGAUAAAAUGAUUAUUCCGUCUCACAUUAAAUCUCAAUCAAAUGGAAGAAUUCAUAUUAAUCCUCAGAUGCAAAUACUAUUUGAACCUUUGAAAUUUGAGGAUGCUAAUAUAUAUAGUUGUUGGCAAAAUAAUGAAAUUGCUGGAAUAAUUAAGCUAAUCGUAAUUGAAGAAAUAGAAUUCAAGUUGAAUCAUCAUGUUAUUUUAAUGGGCGCUAUCGUCAUAAUUGGUGUUAUUUCCAUAAUAUUUUGGAAAGCAUUCAAGGAACGAAUGCGAUAUACGAUGCAUUAA